ACACAGAGAAACACCUCAGCUUCUCCCAGAGAGCGGGACAGAUAUACGGCGGAAAAUACAUUUUGCGAACAGCAUGAAGAAAAGCCAUUUGGUCAAAAGGGGUCUUCAGGAUGCAAACCAGCCCUCAUCCCAACCAGACAAAGUAGGCUGGAUCCGCAGGUUCAGCGGCAAAGGAAUAUUCAGGGAAAUAUGGCGAAACCGCUUUGUGAUGCUUAAAGGAGAUCAUCUGUUCAUCUUUGAAAAAGAGAUGAAGAAUAAUGGGAAGACUCAUGAAGUGUUUGACCUGGCACUGUAUGAGCGCUCAGAGGAACUGCGAAAAGUCAAGAGCCACAGCAAGAAGAACCACAGUAAAUUUACCCUGCUACGCCGCCAACACCCUGGAAACAAGAGCCCCAAUCUUGUAUUUCUGGCUGUGAGUCCAGAGGAGAAGGAAUCUUGGAUCAAUGUUUUAAAUACAGGUAUUACCAGAGCUAAGAAUCGUGUGCUGGAUGAGGUGACGAUUGAGGAGGAGAGUCUUCUGGCUCAUCCUACACGCGAUCGGGCCAAGAUCCCACUCGGGCGGCGUUUGCCUACGCGGGGUCAUCUCAUGGCUGUGGCCUCUGCCUCCUCUGAUGGAAUGCUGAUGCUGGACUUGGUGAAUGAAGAAGAUGCUGGUAUGCUUGAUGACGAUCAGGAUGAGUGGUUGAAGGACCAUCGGGUCAGCCUGGAUAAACUGGCUCCUGGCCGUCGACGCGCUGGCACCGAUGCGUCCAGGCCGCCGUCCUCCUCUACAGAGGCCAAGGUGAAAACCAGCAGCUUGCCACGCAAGACCGAGUUCUCCUUGAACAAUGAAAACCAGUCUCACUCACCUCAGAGUGAGAAGCUAUCUCAGGGCCGUAACCGAUGUGCUUCCAUGGAUGACGCUCUGUCCCGAGGAGAACGAAAACCAAAUAGGAAGAAUGGGCCCCAGGCGACGCAGGCCCAGAGUCCCACGGGACACCUACAGGAUCUGAUCACCCAGCGCCUGCAAAGGACUCAAGAGUUGCUCGCUGAGAUUCAGGAACAGGAACCCCAUCGGGACAGAAUGGGAUCUUACCCCUACCUGAGAGGCAUCGACUCCCCUCGUCUCCGGCAUCUCAAGGGCUCUGACUCGCCACACUCCAAGGGCUCAAGCUCACAUAGUUCACCUCACAGCAAAGGCACAAACUCCCCCUCAGUGAGGGUGAAAGAUUCGCCUGGUUCCAAAGGGAAAGAAUCGCCACAUGUGAAAUCAAAAGACUCGCCCCGUUUCAAGUCCAAAUCCCCUCAUUCCAAAAACGCACUUCGCUCGAAGAGCUGCGAUUUACCUGAUUCAAAAGAAUCAAGUUCACCCCAAAUGAAAUGCAUCGAUCUGACUCACAUCAAAGGUUCAGACUCGCCUCUGUCCACUGGAUCAAAUUCGCCCCAUAUGAAGUCAACAGACCCUGCUUUUUUUCGAAUCUCUUACUCGCCCCAUUUCAAAAGCAUUAGGGGUACUGAUUCUCCUCUCAAUGAGGCUUUGGACUGGGAUAGCAGAAGGGCGGCAGCUGAACGACUCUUACAAGAGGCCAUUUCUUCCUGGCGAGAAGCUAGAGAGGUUUUGGCUGAGGUAAAGGAGCUGCAAGCCAGACAGCAGCGGGCAGAGCACAGUAAAACUAGAUCACCCACAACACCCUCACAGAACCGCAAAAAGAAAAGCCCCUGACCAAAUCUUUAGUCAGUCAAAAUGACAUGUGAGCCUUUACAAUGAAUGCAAGGAAGGAGAACAAUAGGUGGAACUUUCAGUGUUCUGUUUUAUCUCACAGUCUAUUGUUUAUAUAUUAACUGUUGUUCCUCUGACACCUCAACCCUUUGUCUUUGCACUUUGAACUUCUGUAUUUUUACUUGUGACUCCACUUUCAAGGCUGUAGUACUUCUGUUGGCAUUGAUAAUGUGUAUGACUAAUGAUUAAAGUGGUUUAUGAUUCA